GUUUACAUUAUGUUUUCGGUAUGUCAACUGGAAUCAUGAGGUUAAGAGUUAAGAUAUUUUAGAAACAGGAAUAGUCUGCAAAAGCUGAAAAUAGCGAUUAAAUCAAGAUGAAUGAAAGUGAGUCGAAUUUUGGAAGUUUGUACCAUACCAUAGGAAAAGAACCUACGAGUUCUUAAAAGCCUUGUAUGGCUUCAAAGCAACAUUUGCCAAAACCUUAAGUUUUCGAGAGAAUGAGCUCUUCAUAUUCCAUCCUCAGAAUGCGAAAGACCAUCGAUGGUGGCAAGUAGUAAACAUGAGCGGUCAAGUUGGCUUCAUCCCAUCCAACUAUGUCUCUGUUAUACAGGUGAGCCCGCAGUGCUGCCUGGAGUUCCUGACGCACUGUGUCGGCUCGCUGCAGGCGGAGAGGGCCCCCUCGCCGGAGCGACAGGAGCUGCUCGAGCACCUGCUCGACAGGAAGCACGGGGCGGAGCUCGUGUGCGAGGCGGGCGGGGCCCCGCCCCCGGGCAGGAAGAAGGCCCCUCCCCCUCCCCCGGCCUCGACCACCAGGGGCACGGAAGUGCAGCUUCCGAAUCUCAAUGAAAGUACGUGUCAGCUGCAGAGCUGCCCCCUCCCUUCAGACUUCAAACAGGUGCAUGAGCUGAUUCAAGCAGCUAAACCCAUGCAGCUGAGUCCGAAAAACUCAACACCAGCUCAAGUAGACGCUGCUGCUGCUCGGGGGAAGAUAACCGUGACCACCACUGUCGACACUGGUUCGGAAACUGUGUACCAGAUGGUCGAGAAGGUGCGCCGGCACACGCAGCUGAGCCACGAGCUGUCGCGGGUGGCGGUGGGCGUGGUGGUGGCCAGCCUGCGCGACCUGCUCCCUCCCUCGGCGUCGGGGCACCUGGACGCCCUGCUCGCCCGCCUGCGGCAGCCCCUGUCGGCCCCCCGCCCGCACCUGGACGACACCCACGACGCCCGCCGCCUGAGGGUGGUCCUCGCCGAGCUCGCCUCCUGCAAGGACGACUCCCAGCAGCGCAGCUGGAGCCUGCACGAGGACGAGGCCGUCAUCCUGGACUACCUGGCCGAGCUCGCGUCCAUCCUGAUGAAUGCCGACCCGGACAUCAGCAGGCACGUGAUGUCGAGGGAAAAGUACCGGGACGUGGUGUCCCUUGCCCACUACUACCAGAUGGAGGUUCGCUGGAGCAUCCGCAAGCUGCUGCUGAGGGUGUUUGCGACCAUGUGCAACCUCGAUGUGGCCGUCAUCCGCCUCCUCCUCAACUCCGUGCUGCCCGCAGAGCUGGCGCGAGAUAUGUGUAGUAAUGCCAAUGAUAGGGAGCGUCUCUCACACACUGCAGUUCUACUCACUAUGAUAUUUUGUAUGGGUGAACCAAUGCCAGUCACACACAAUGACCAUCUAGGCAUCAGUUUUGUUGACUUUAUAAUAAAUCUGAUUGAGAUGGAUCUGAUUUCUGAUGAGGAUGAACAGCUGUGUGAUGUCAUGCUCAAUUUGCUACUGAGCUACAACCUUCAGUUCACUUCUGCUGUGGAUAACUUGGUCAUGAAGACUCUGGAAAAGUGGACAGUAGUCAAGAAUUUUACUGAAAAGACUUUGCUGCUUUUGAACAGAGAAGAGGAUCCGGUACGAAUGUUUGACCACCAGCCGGAACCCCAACACUCCGUGCUCAAGUUAUUCAUAGACCUCUUCACAAAUGAGAUUACAGCGUUGCUGUUUUAUACCAAUGACACAAAGGUUUUGAUUGACAUCGUCGUCCGCCGACUGACAGACCUCUCGCCUGGAGAUAAGAGGCGGCAGCAGUACCUGCAGCUGUGCCGGCUGGUGAUGCUCAACACCAGCUACGGAGACCAUUUACACCUCCUGGACCAGAUACGCAAGUGCUUCACCCGCAUCUUCUGCGAGGAGUCGGAGCUGAGCCGCCCCGACCAGCUGCUGGUGCGAGAGAUCAGCAACCAGUUCCCUCAGUACUUCAAGGAGUAGCCACAGUUGGAUAUUCAGCUCUUCUGAGAAGUGAGGUUUUGACAUAUUCCUGUGUCAUUUAUUCUACUGCUCAAACGAAUCCAGUCUUUUAUUUUAUGUUACCAAUUUAUAUGUAUAUAUUUUAAAUGUUUAUCAUAGAUAUGUAGUAUCAUAUUUUGUACAAGUACUAGUAUUGUGCAUGAUGUUGUUUGCUGCUUUUAUGUUUUUCUUCUUAUGUACUUUUCUUUGCUCUUUAUGAAUUAUAUACACCUAUUUAACUAAUUAAAAAAAAUUCUUUUCAAGACUUUUCUAAAUGGAUUAGGAAAGUGUAAAUUUAUAAACACGUAAAACUUAAUACGUAGUAUCAUAAUUGCUCUUGUGUUAAUGAAACAAGUUGAAAAAAUAAUAGCUAUUCAAUCAGUAUAACAUAUUUGAUAAAAAAAAAUGCAUUUUAAUAGAAACAUCAUAGAAAUGUUUACUGUAAGCAUUAAGCAUGUAAAGUAACCCUGUAUUUUUAUUAGAAAAGUGUGUUUUAUAUUUGCCAGUUAACUCUUGCCUCUUACCUCCUGGCUCACUCCAGAUUCAAUUCCAUACUUGACGAUAUCAGGAACGUCAUCAUUGGUGUUAAUUUUGGGGCAUUGAGUUUGCAGCUGGUUACUUAUAAGUUCUGCUGGAUAUAAGAAUAUGAAAACAAAUUAAUAAUAAUAAUAGGCAGUGGCAAUAAAUAUUUGGCCUAUUCAGUUUUCCAGCCAAUUAAUCUCAUUCCAAAGUCAAGUGGCCUUUCAGUGAAUGAUGUACAGUACUUUCCAGGCUAAGCACAUUGGAAUCAACCCUGUCGAGAUUUUUCACUGGAUGAUUGCCACCUCCAAUCUAUUGUUGACAGUUUCACUAAUGUAUUCGUACAAGUCUGGGAAUUCCCGAGAAUAGGUCUACAACAAGUAACGCACUGACACAGAUUAGUAGUAUCCUAAUAGGUGCAUUCUAUGUGGCUAAUAUUGGCCAGUGCAUCAUCAUGUGUGAACAGUGUCGCUGUUGUAGUGUGUAACAGCACUUCCUCGAGCAGAAUGGAUUACUGUACUCGUUUCCCAGGAAUUUACAGUAUUUCCAUGCACACAACCCAAACAUUAUCCAAAAUCCUACCCCAGACAUUUAAGGUGAACUCAUUUUUGGCUCGUUGAUCCAUCAUUAGCCAUGAGGAGUUUUUAUCUGUUUACCCUCUUUUAUCGUAUAAUCAUCGCACUCGCAUAAUCGUCACACCCAUAUUUUAGGGCAUCAAAAUUUGGAUAAAAAAACUUCUCGCGUAAACAUCACAUGAUGUUUUUGUUCCCGCUAUUAGGUUCCGAGCACUUUGUGUAGGUAUCUUUUCCGUAUAAAACUGUGUAUUUUAAAGUAGAAAUCUAAUAUUUAUUCGGAAAUUAACUAUUUUACUUAUUUAAUUAACGUUAAUACGAAGCUGUCUGAUGUGUAAAUUUUCUUUUAAAAGCGUUUUUAAACGUUAUAACCUUUAUCUGUUCGUCUGCAUCGCCGUGGUGUACCGCUUAUAAAACUAUAGCCAGCGCUAGUUGGCAUCAUUCAUGUUUGGUUAUAUUGUUUCCUGUAUAGAUCGCGCACACGUAGUCUAAUAUCGAUAUUUCGCAGAUUGCAUGAAACGCGCGCUAUCUGUCGAGUGCCGAGUUAACUACAUUUGAUGGCCCGCACUCUUUCGUGGUAAAUGUGUACUACAACGAUAGUUGACACGUUAGUUCACGUCACAUAUUGAAGUGGUUUGUGUUCGGGCCAUAGAUUUUGUUUUUCUAUUUAAAGUUGAAGAAAGGUUUUUGUUGCAUGAAUUAUUAAUAUAAAUUGUUUGGCAUGCUAUUGUAUACUCCACCAUAUUUUUUUUAAAUAAACGUACUUUUCAUGAACGGUUUUGUUUUUAUGAAUAACUUAAUCUAACAAAAAAAAAUCUGCAUAAAUGUUGCACCCCUACUUUUCAAACUUCAUUUUAGCAUAAAAUGUGCGACAAUUAUGCAAGAAAACACGGUACUUGAGGGCAUUGUAUAUAUUUGUUUUUUCCAGAGCACUUACUCUAAAGAGUAUGCAUUGGUAGCAAAUACUGUCACAACCAUACGCAAGUAGAUAGUUAUUCUUGGUGAAGACUUGGAUUCCUUUGACGCCAAGGUGGAUCCAGUGAUGCCACUAGGGAGGGGCUGCAUUGCUAUUUGAAAGAAAAAUUGUCAUAAUUUUUAAAGCGACCAACUAUUUGCAUACUAACAAAAAACCAUACAUCAUAAGUGAUUACCAAACCAUAUCCUACAAACUAUAAUGUAGAUUUUUUACCUCAUUUUUCAUCUUACUUGCAAGUCUAAUUAUAGGUAUUUAUAUUGGAAUUUUUUGUUUGUGCUGUAGUGACAGUUUCGAAAAUAAUUAGUUUCAAAGGACAGACGCCAUUGCCGUUUUGCACUGUUUUGACAUGGGAAAAAUUCAGUCUGUUCGUGCCUGAUGAUGGGAACAGAUACCAGUUCCCGAAAUUUCACAACUGUUUUGUUAUAGGAAACCUACUGUAUUUGUGUGGUCGUCAUUGUGUUGUCCAUAAUACCUAUUUAGGUUCAACGUUGGGUUUAUCUGUUUGACACCAGCUGAUUUAGCCUUAUUUUCUGUGGGUUCAUGUUUUCAUUUUCAUGUCUUAUUUUGCAUUUAUGAAUUUUUCCCAUGACAAUCAGUGCAAAACUGCAGUGGCAUAUGUCCAAGAAACUGUAUCGAUCAAAAUUCCCCAUAGCAUGAAUCAUUUAAAGAACAUCUCAAAAGAAUGUUAUGCCCACAUGAGCACAAGUCGGAGGAGACAUUGUUGUGUGACUUGUAUAAUAUACAUCGUGUAGUGGCUUAUUGUAUGUUUUGACCAUGUAAUCUUUUAAAAAGCCUUUUAAAAAUGGGUAAUCCUGUUUCUGACCAAAGGGCGAGCCACGGCCACCUUUGGAUCCGCCACUCCUUGGACGUGCUAGAAUUACGGCAGGUACUCUUCAGAGACCUCCACACACACCGGCACAGGCUACAAUCUGCUUCUGGCAUUAGCCUUCAGGGUGGUUUUGUAGUUCCUGCUAUGCUACUUCUCAUUGGUGGUACAGUAGAACCCUGUUAUAAUGUUCCUGCAUAUAAUGUUUUCCUGCUUAUAAUGUAAAUGCAUAUUUGUGUUUACAAUCACUGCCAUACAAUACAUGAAGUUUGUUAAAAUACAAUUUUAUGCAAUAUACUGAAGGUACACAAUGUUCAUAGUUAUGUGUCAGUUGGCACCCUUAGUCAACUCUUCUCUUCCUUGCCAUUCCAGUGGGUAUUCAGAUGCACGUACAUAGUCCUACGAUAUUUAAGUUGCCAACCAUUGAGCGAGGGCAUAAGUAAAAGUGUUUUCUAUUGCUCACAAAUUAUUAUUUUUUUUUUUUUUCAUUCAUACGUAGGAAUCCUAAAAUUAAACAUUUUCAGGUGGCGAAGGAGUAGACGUUCUCACUCUUAAUGUUGUCAUCAUGAAUCGUGAGACAAUUUUACAAAAAAUGUGGCAGUGUAUCUUUAAAGACAAACAAAAUUUAACCAGGGAACAAGACAAAGCUGAAAAAUUGUUGGCUUGUUUCAGAAAAUUCAUGUAUCAAGUAUAAUAUCUUUGGUUUUAACAUUAAAGUUGUUUACAUAGCUUGGUGAGUCCAUUGGUACAAAGCUCGAACAUUGUUAAGUGCUAAAUUGAGAUUUCCUGCUUAUAAUGUUUUCCUGCUUAUAAUGUUUUUUUCUUGUGCUCCCUUGAAAAACAUUAUAACAGGGUUCCAAUGUAUUGGCACUGGCUACAAUCUGCUUCUGGCAUUAGCCUUCAGGGUGGUUUUGUAGUUCCUGCUAUGCUACUUUUGAUUGGUGGUAUUGGCACUGGCUAUUUCCAACCCGUUGAUCCAAAUACCAGGAUUGUUCCUAUGCUUACAUAUGUGUCUUGCCAUUGGGUACCUUUAUACCUGUUCGUAUCCCACUAUACUGCAAACACAACUUAACUAGCCAGCCUAUUGCUGCUGUAUUAUCAGCAUUUCCUGUGUCUGGAAGGAAAUACCUUUCUUGGAGGGGAAAUUGAAGAAUCUUCCAUGUGAAAAUUUUUAAUCACAGUCUGUGAAAAUGCCUUGGUUAGCUCAGUAAAUCAGUGACAUCAUCCUCUGUUUUUCUGUAUUACCACUAUUCCAUAGUCACUGCCAAAUGAAACCAUUGCGUGUUAGAAGUUCUUAUGUUGCAUUAAGUUGCAAUUACGGUUUGUAAUUUGCAGUGAUUAUGUCCUGCUGUAUCAUUUUAUUCAGAAUAGCGUAGAUUUAAAUAAAAGUAACAAUCUUUGUUUCAGUCAUGGUUUUUGAGGAAAUGGCAAAUAUUCUACACAUAUGUGCGUAGUAAAUACAGUAUGAAGCACUUUUGAUAGUAACAAUGAAGUGUGUAUAUUUACUAAAUAUUGCAUGUAUUUCUGUGCUCUUUAUUGCUAGAAUUUUGUAAGUAAUUUAUGUUGAUUCUUAUCAAAUUUCUCUGUUUUAACUAAAAAAAAUUUAAUUGCAUAAUAGUCUGUUUAUAAAAACUCUUUACUAGAUUUCAGAAGGCAUGAGAAACAAAAAUAAAAAGUAUGACAUGGUAUAAUGAAGACUGAUCUUAUUUGUGUUUGUACUGCAUAGAGUUAGUAAACUUUUGAUAUACUCUUAUAUAGCUGUGUUAAAUAUUGUUUUUAAAAAUAAUUAUUUUUAUAACUAUAGUAAUAUUAGUUUGUACAGAUAUAGUUCUAUGAAUUUCAUACUGUGGAGUAAUCUGUCAAUGGGAAAUAUUUAGUGUGUGUCUUAUUUGCAUAAAGAAAAAUAUUAUAGUUUGCUUGUUUGCUUCUAUUUACACUUGUAGCUAAAAAAUCUAAAAGUGUAUGUAAAAUUAUGGUGUUAUUUAUGAUAGGCUUGCAAUAUAAGUAGCUUUUGGCUGUGUGCAAGUUAUUCUCUCAUUUACAGGAUUAAAUUAUUGUGAAUCUUGAAUUUUGAUAAAUUUCUCCAAGCUAAGUCGAGUUGAUAGUACGUCAGAUUAGAUUAUAUGUCGGUUUUGCAAUUUGAUCACAGCAUAAUCAAAAAAUCUUAGCAAAUUUUAAAGAAAUGUGAUUUUUCGUGUAGAAAAUUAGGUUUCAUAAUUGUGAAGUUAACUCCUGUCAUCAUAAAAAUCACAAAUACUGUAUGCUAGUACAUACAAUGUAACACUAACUCUGACCAACUAGAAUUGUUAGAUUAUAACCUGACUAAAUAAAGGAAGUCUAUUUAACUCUACUGCACAAAAUGUGUCUACUCAUCUAUUUCUAAAUGUUUGUGAUUACAAUUUUCUUUGCCUAAAUACAAUCAUGCCUGUUCAAUACUCUUUUAUUCAUAGUGAGAUUGUUGUGGAGAAUAUCUAUGAAGAUCAUAGCUAUGCCAGUAUGUAGCCUAUAUCUACAUGAACUUAAAUGUUCAGCUGAAGGUUGCUUGAAUUAUUGGUUGAAUGUAGAUACUGUAUGUUUUAAUGUAUUUUGAUUGCUAUAGAGGAUAUUUGUUGCUAAGUUGACAUUCAUAGAUUAUAGAAAUUUUGUGAUCACUCCAGAAAAAUGGGUACCUUUUUCAUGUGUGAACUGUUAUUUCAAAUAAAUAUUUUGCUGCUUAUGGAAAAAAGAUUGACAGGAGAAAUGCCAUGAGAGACAGCUUGGACCAUAUGUAUGUAUUGUUACUGGUUAGUUCUUUCAAAGAUAUUUAACUACAAUUUUCUUGCAGUUUUAAUAAGAAAAUUUCAUGUUCAUAAAA